UCAAUUACUAAUGUCAAACUUCAAACACCUCAACGGUUGAUUGUUCCCGCUUCAAAGCAAUGAAAACUGUUGUUAAUGAUUAUGUUAUGUUAUCGUAUCAUUUGCAUUAUUAAAUAUUAAAUUUUGAACUCUGUUAUACUCAAGAUGUAUAUAAAGUCUAUCACACUCGAUGGCUUUAAGUCCUACGGGAAUCGAGUGGAAGUGAAUGGAUUUGAUCCCGAGUUUAAUGCUAUCACAGGACUAAAUGGGACCGGAAAGUCUAAUAUCCUAGAUUCAAUAUGUUUUGUUUUAGGCAUUACCAAUCUUUCUAAUGUGAGGGCUGGAAGUCUUCAAGAACUGAUCUAUAAGCAUGGUCAGGCCGGAAUCACCAAGGCCACCGUUAGCAUCACCUUUGACAAUCGUGACAAGAGACAGUGUCCCAUCGGUUAUGAGAACCACGAUGAGAUAACUGUUACAAGACAGGUGGUGAUGGGAGGUAAGAACAAGUACUUGAUUAAUGGCAUCAAUGUUCAGAACAAGCGGGUUAGUGACCUCUUCUGUUCCGUGCAGCUCAAUGUGAACAAUCCUCACUUCCUCAUCAUGCAGGGUCGGAUCACUAAAGUGCUCAACAUGAAGCCUCCUGAAAUAUUGUCAAUGGUGGAGGAAGCAGCCGGGACGAGAAUGUACGAAGCCAAGAAACAAGCUGCACAGAAAACUAUAGAAAAAAAAGACGCCAAGCUCAGAGAAUUGAAUGAUAUAAUAAGGGAGGACAUCGCCCCCAAGCUGCAGAAGCUGCAAGACGAACGCUCGCAGUUCCAGGAAUACCAGAAAGUGGUCCGCGAGCUGGAGAAUCUUACCAGGCUUUAUGUGGCUUGGAAAUACGUAUCCGCGGAGGAGAGCGCCAAGGAAGCCGCGAACAAGGUCACGGAGGUCCAGGACGAGAUCAAAGACAAGAAAGAAAUGAUUUUGAACAAUGAAAAAGAAGCCAAAGAGUACGACAAGAAAAUAGCUGCACUCAAUAAGAAGUUAGAUGAGGAGAGCGGCAGCGUGCUCAGGGAGUUGGAGACGGAGCUGCAGGCGGCGGAGAAGACGGAGGCGAAGAGCGCGGCGGACUGGCGCGCGGCCCAGGGCGCCCUCACCACGCACCACGGCCGCGCCAGGCUCGCCUCGCGCGCCUUGGACGACGACCGCGCCGCGCUCAGGGACAAGGAGGCGCAGCUGCAUGAGGUGUCGAGUACGUUCGACCGUCUGCGGGAGGCGUGCACCACGAGCGAGGCCCGCUUGACCGCGGCGCAGGCCCGCUUCCUGGCCGUGAGCGCCGGCAACGAGGACGCCUCGGAGUCACUGCAGGACCAACUCAUAGCGGCGAAGCAAAAAGCGUCGGAAGCGUCGACUCGAAUAUCACAGAGUCAGAUGGAGAAGAAACAUGCGGAAGAUCGCCUCGUCACCCUCGAGAAGGAAUUCAAGAGUAGCAGCGCGCAGUACCAGAGAGAUAUGGAGGGGAUCGCCCGCCACAGGGCCGAGGUGGCACAGCUGGAGGCUCAGUUAUCGUCGAGUACGUUCAGUGCUGAUCGUCGGAGCGCCCUCCAAGAUCAGCUGCGGGCGUUGCGGGCCGGGGGGCGGGAGAGGAGGGACCGCGCCGACCAGCUCGCAGCACGACUGCAGCGGUGUCACUUCAAGUACACGCCGCCCACCGCCAACUUCGACUCUAACAAAGUAUCCGGUACCGUCUGCAGACUCAUAGACGUGCGGGAUCCGAAGUACUGCACGGCGCUAGAGACGGCGGCGGGGGGACGGCUGUACAACGUGGUGGUGGACACGGACGAGACCAGCAAGCUGCUGCUGCAGCGAGGACAGCUGCAGUCCCGGACCACCAUCAUCCCUCUCAACCGCAUCUCCUCACAACCUCUGUCGCGGGAGACGGUCGCGUUGGCACAGAAAAUCGGCGGCGGCCCGUCCGAGGUUCAGUUGGCGCUCGACCUGAUCGACUUCCCGCCCUCGCUCCGCCCAGCCAUGUCGUGGGUGUUCGGCAACACGUUGGUGUGCAGUUCCCUGGAGGCGGCGCGCCGCGUGACCUUCGACCCUCGCGUCAGAUGUCGCUCCGUGACCCUGGACGGGGACGUGUUCGACCCGGCGGGCACGCUGUCGGGGGGAGCGCGAGCGAGGGGCGGCUCGCUGCUGCUGGAACUGAAGGACCUCAAACACCUGGAGCGGCAGCUCGCGGAGGAGGACGAGCUGCUCGCCACACUCACCCGCGACCUGGACUCCAUGCAACACGCCGCUGACCAGCACGCCGCACUGCAGCAGAGGUUGGAGAUGAGUCGCCACGCGCUGGCGGUGAGCGAGGAGCGCGCCGCCAGCACCGCCACCGCCCAACUGCACGCGGAGAUACAGGCCUUGAAAGAUAACGUCGCGCGGCUGACUGCGGCCGUGGAGGAGGACGGACGCACCCGGCAAGAGACGGCGGCCCGCGCCAGGGAGCUCGAGCUCAAGGUUAAGGAUAUCAAGGGACACAGGGAGAGGGAGUACAAGAAGGCCGAGGAGGAGUUGAAGCUCGCCAAGAAGGAGGCGGAACAACACACCGCCUCCUGGAGACAGAGGGAGCAGGAGCACGACACGCUGCGGCUCGAGCUGGACGAGCUGCGCCGCGCCGUGGACUGCGGACAACAGGCGCUGGAGCGAGCCCGGGACAGCGGACGAGAGCUGGAGGAAGCGCUGGAGCGAGCCCGGGAGAUACAUGACGCACACGCGAACGAAGUUAAGGAGAUACAGACGAAGAUCAAGAUACAGAAAGCGGAGAUAGCGAGUCGCAGCGGAGAGGUGGCCGCCCUGACGAAGGGGAGGGACGAGCUGCUCGGGCGGAACAGAGACCUGGAGCUGGACGUGAAGCAGCUGGAGUACCGCUGCAGGGAGCUGCAGCAGGAGGCGGCGGAGGGGGAGAGGAAGAUCAAGUCCUUGGUGGCGGAGAACCCUUGGAUCCCGUCAGAGCGUCAGUACUUCGGUCUGUCCGGAGGCGCCUUCGAGUUCGGGCGCGACGUGAGCUCUGGCGGAGCGCGCCUCGCCCAGCUCAGAGACAGGAAGGACCGGCUGGCGAGAGGACUCAACGCACGAGCUCACACCUUGCUGGGGAAGGAGGAGGAGCAGUACCAAGACGUGAUGCGGAAAAAGAAAAUAGUGGAAGCCGACCGCGCCAAGCUGGUGCAGGUGAUGGCGGAGCUGGACGACAAGAAGCGGAGGACGCUGCUGACGGCCUGCGAACAGGUCAACAGGGACUUCGGAUCCAUCUUCAGCAGUCUGCUACCCGGCGCACAGGCGCGCCUCACCCCGCCGCCGGGACAGAACGUGUUGGACGGUCUGGAGGUGAAGAUCGGGUUCAACAACACGUGGAAGGAGUCCCUGGGCGAGUUGUCCGGGGGUCAGCGGUCGCUGGUGGCGCUGUCCCUGGUGCUGGCGCUGCUGCUGUUCCGCCCCGCGCCUCUCUACAUCCUGGACGAGGUGGACGCCGCCCUGGACCUGUCGCACACACAGAACAUCGGCCGGAUGCUCAAGGAGCACUUCACGCACUCGCAGUUCAUCAUAGUGUCUCUGAAGGACGGCAUGUUCAACAACGCCAACGUGCUGUUCCGCACGAGGUUCGCCGACGGCAUGUCCGCCGUCACCAGGACCGACAACAGGAGGUAGGCGGCCCGGCCGGCCCGGUCCGCUCGCACGGGGGUGUUGUGAACACCGAAUCACUUCAAUAGAUUUAAAUUAUAUUUUACUAGCUGUGAAAAAUAUUGUCUCUGUUACGAUAUUAGAACAACAAUUCCUGCUCAAUACAAAUGUAGAGAAACACGCGAAGGGAUUGUUGGCGUUGAAUAAUGUUAUCGCGUAAGACUGUAAGUGAUUUUGUUGAAAUUCGAAUAGAGAUGUUGAGGAACGGUCUCCGCGGACGGGACUCAGAUGUCGAAGGAUGUUCCUGCUUGUGAGCGGCUUCAAUGAAAUAAAUAAAAAGAUUCGUCGUCUGUGGCACGGCUGUGGGGUCCAGCGCCUCCACUGGUUCACGUACUCGACGUAAAAGUACAAGGCUAUUUUAACAUGUAGGGUUCGAGAGGAACACACGCUGGAGUGCUGGCGAGGCGGCGGCGUCUCUAUUACUAUUUAUAAUAAAAUAUUACACUUA